AUGCAUUCCCUGACCCUCCUCGCCUUGGCCGCCGUUUUUGGAGCCACCGUAGCCAACCUUCAGUGCUAUUCGGAUUAUAACGCGAACGGCUUCCAGCAUACGAGCAGCAAAACGAAGCAAACCUGCGGAGAUGGAUGCAAGUUCUGUAAGAAGACGUACAGUCAGCUAGGAGGAAUUAAUGCGGCUGAAUGGGGGUGUGGCUGUGAUGCCACCGGGCAGUCGUUCGAGAUUUAAAUCUGCGACCUCGUCUGCCCGAAAGCACAUACCGUCUUCGUGGCCCACAUAGACGUCGGACAUCGGGGUUGCUUCAACUACUACAACUACGAGUUGGAACAGCGAAAGGAUGAGUGGUUCUUGAUGAGGAGCGGGGAUUGCGCUAAUUCUACGAUCACUUUUAGG